CUGCAGAAAAAGUGGACGACGUUCCUGAAGGCGCAGCUGGUCUGUUCGCAACCCGGCCACUUCCCCUUCAACGUCAUCCAUCACGCUUUCGCCCUGCCCCGCCAGGGUGGUGGUGCCGACUUCUACGCCGUCUUCACCUCGCAGUGGCAGGUGGGCAGGGCAGGCAGCGCGGCCGUCUGUGCCUACAGCCAGGAGGCUCUGGAAAAGGUCUUCGAGGGCAAGUACAAGGAGCUGAACAAGGAGAGCUCCCGCUGGACGGUCUAUGGUGGCCCGGACAUGAGUCCCCGACCUGGCAGCUGCUCCAUGGGUCCCUCCUCUGACAAGGCCCUCACCUUCAUGAAGGACCAUUUCCUCAUGGACGGGAAGGUGUCACCCACCCAGGGGCGGCCGCUGCUGGUGAAGACGGACGUCACGUACACGCGCAUUGCGGUGGACGAGACUCAGGGCGUCUCGGGGGCCACCUACCGCGUCAUGUUCCUGGCCACGGCGGAGGGUUUCCUGCACAAAGCGGUGGAGCUGCCUGGGGGUCCCCACAUUGUGGAGAGCAUCCAGCUCCUCGGGACGCCGGAGCCGGUGAAGAACUUACUGCUGGCCCAGGGGAAGGGCAUCCUCUACGUGGGCUACUCCGGUGGCAUCCUCCAGGUCCCGUUGGCCAACUGCAGCCUGCACCGGAGCUGCGCCGAGUGCGUGCUGGCGCGGGACCCCUACUGCGCUUGGCACAGCCUUGAGGGCUCCUGCCAGCCCCUCCGGGCUGCCCCCACCCAGGACACGAGCACGUGGCUGCAGGACAUCGAGACGGGGAGCCCGGCCACCGUGUGCCACCGUGGGAGGAGCGCGGCCAUGCCCCGAGCCGGGGGGGCACAGGAGGAUCCUGCCAUAGAGAGGCUCAGCCCCCCACUUAACGCCAUGGUCCGCCUGCUGUGCCCCCGCCGCUCUGCCCUGGCCACCUACAGCUGGCAGAAGCCCGGGGGCCGGGGGGGCCGGGGGGACACGACGCUGCUGCCUGACCACACUCUGGUGGUCAUCAUGCAACGGGGGACUGCUGGCACCUACAAGUGCCAGGCCACCGAGAACGGCUACACCUGGACCGUGGCUCAUUACCAGCUACAGGACCCCAGUGGGGCAGCCCCCCAGCCAGACGGGCUGGCUGAGGAGGGGUUGGCCUGGGGGUCCUCAGACCCUGGCCCCCCCCGGUCUUACUGGCCCCAGUUUGUCACCGUCACCGUGCUGCUGGCCGUGACGCUGGCCGCUGCUGCCUGCCUGGCCCUUCUCGCCUACCACGACCAGCUCAAAGCCAGGAGCAAGGUGCGGGGGUGCAGCACACCCCACAGCCCCCCGUCCCAGCGCAGGGAGAAGGUACCCCUCAAUGGGGGAACCGCAGAGCCCUCAGCACCCGGAGUCCCCACUGAGGAGGAGGAGGAGGAGGACGAAGGCUCCCGCGCUUGCUGCCUCCAGCUUGACGGGGAUAUAGAUGCUGAUAACAACAGGCUCCGCAUCCCGGCGGGGGACACGGUGUGACAGCACCACCGGGUCGAGGAGACCGUGGGGAAGGAGUGGGCUGUGGGGGUGAUAUGAAUGUGAAGUUUUGUUUUGUUUUGUUUUUUUUAAUUUAAUAUGCGUGUUUUAACAUAAGGUAACAUUUUGGGGUAGCGGCGAGGGGCAGCGGGGUGGGAUGGGCCCCUGGGAGCAGUGGGGGAGGCAGCAAGGGGGUGGGAUGUGACAAGGAAGUGGGAUGUGGGGAAAGAGGGGGCGAGGGAAGGACAUGGGGACAGGGAAAGGACGUGGGCACAGAGGAGGGACAUGGCCAUGGGGCAAAGAUAUGGGGCCGAGGGCAGGAUGUAGCCAUGGGGCAAGGCUGUAGGGUGGGGACGGGUGGAGUUGGUGGAUGCUGACACGGGUGCCACCCCAGGAAAUACCCCUGGGAUCCAUAAAAGCUCCAAAAUGGGGAAAGCCAGUCCCACGGGCAUCCACCAGACCUCCCCACCCUGCUCCCCACUGCCCUGCGUGCUGGACGGGGGGGACACCGGUCACCCUGACCCGCAGACAGCCAUGGUGGUGGCCCCCCCAACCCCUUCUCACCAGCUGGCCCCUGCUGCUUUUUUGAUGAUGUUGAGCCUUCUUUUUUUAAGACAAACCAGCUGUAAAUUUUCCUGUUCUUUGUACAUU